AGAGAGAGAGAGAGAGAGAGAAUAGGCGGGCAAGCAGAAGGAGCUGCAACGGGAGAGAUGCUCUAGUCUCCAUGGCAGUGCUUGAAGCAGGCAGAGCAGGUUCUGUCUGCUGAAGACCCUCACACCCAUGGAGAGACCCAAAGGAGACACAGCCCACUGAGUCUGUUGGAAGAUGAGUCAAUAGGAAGGCAGGUGGGAAUGGAAAUCAGAGGAUCCCACCCAGCAUCCUAGCAAGGGUGCUUUUUCUCCACUCAAGGGAGAGAAAAAAAGAAGCCAUAGAGAGGCAGAGGGCUGUUUCCUUUGACCCUUAGCCUUGGAUUCCUCCUUCUCCUUUCUACUGCAGCAAAUGACAUCUUAGGGGAGCCAUGAAGGACAAGGCAGUGGGCAUCUCAGCCAAGCAGCAGAAACACAAACCCCUGGAACUAUUGCUCUGCUUCCUGGCUGGCACCCACAUCCUCAUGGCAGCAGUGCCCCUCACCACCUUUGCUGUGGUGCAGCUCCGACGCCAGGCCUCUUCUGACUACGACUGGAAUGAGAGCAUCUGCAAAGUUUUUGUUUCUACCUACUACACGCUGGCCCUAGCCACCUGCUUCACCGUGGCCUCACUCUCCUAUCACCGGAUGUGGAUGGUUCGCUGGCCCGUCAACUACCGGCUCAGCAACGCCAAGAAGCAGGCGUUGCACGCUGUCAUGGGCAUCUGGAUGGUCAGCUUCAUCCUAUCCACGCUGCCUUCCAUCGGCUGGCACAACAACGGCGAGCGGUAUUAUGCCCGGGGCUGCCAGUUCAUCGUCUCCAAGAUCGGGCUGGGUUUUGGCGUCUGCUUUAGCCUCUUGCUGCUUGGAGGCAUCGUCAUGGGGCUGGUGUGUGUAGCCAUCACCUUCUACCAGACACUGUGGGCCCGACCCCGUCGGGCAAGACGGGCCCGGAAAUUGGGGGGUAGAGAGGGAUCCAGAGGGGGCGGUACAGGGGGCCUAGGGACCCGGCCAGCCUUUGAGGUUCCAGCCAUUGUAGUGGAAGACGCCCGUGGAAAGCGUCGGUCUUCGCUGGAUGGCUCUGAGUCAGCCAAGACGUCCCUGCAGGUCACCAACUUGGUCAGCGCCAUCGUCUUUCUCUACGACUCACUCACUGGGGUGCCCAUCCUGGCAGUGAGCUUCUUCUCACUGAAGUCCGACUCUGCGCCCCCAUGGAUGGUGCUGGCUGUGCUAUGGUGCUCCAUGGUACAGACUCUGCUCCUGCCCUCCUUCAUCUGGUCCUGUGAGCGUUAUCGAGCUGAUGUGCGCACCGUGUGGGAGCAGUGUGUGGCUAUCAUGUCCGAGGAGGAUGGCGAGGAUGAUGGAAGCUGCAAUGACUAUACUGAUGGCCGGGUCUGCAAAAUUCGUUUUGAUGCUAAUGGAGCUGCUGGGCCAGGGAGCCAAGAUCCCACCCAAGUGAAGAUGCUGAGUGGGAGACACAUGCUAUUUCCUCCUCAUGAAAGAGUCCACUAUUUGCAGGUUCCACUGUCCAGACGACUCUCCCAUGAUGAAACCAACAUCUUCUCUACUCCUCGCUCACCUGGCUCCUUCCUGCAUAAAUGGUCAUCUUCAGAUGACAUCCGGAUAAUCCCAUCCUCAAACAGGGAAUUGGGGACACUCCGGGGCAUGGAAGAUGAUGAAGAGGAGUCUGAAGCUUUGACCAAUUUACAUCAAUUCUUGGAAAGCAGAAUGCUAGGAGGAGGUGGAGGGCCUCCAAGGGGCCCUGGCUUCUUCCGAGAUGAGAUCACCACCUUCAUUGAUGAGACACCCCUGCCUUCUCCAGCUGCUUCCCCAGGUCCUUCUCCCCGUCGGCCCCGGGCCCCAGGUCUCUUUCCCCGUCGUCUUUCCCUAGGGUCCCCUGAUACUGGAGUGACUGGAGUGUCUACGGGGCUAUAUACAGGGAGGCGGUGCUCCCUCACUGGAAUUGAGGGGGACCCACAGGCUUGGGGGGGAACUUGGGGCCCUAACACACCUAUAUUUGCCCCACUGAGCCUGUGAGCCCUUGAUGAAUCCAACAGACUUAAGAGGAAGGGAGCCUGGGAUAGAUAACUCCCUUGACCUGAUUCAGUCUACAACUAGCCACAAACUUGAACCCAGGACAGCUGUCUGCAGCAGACUUAGAAGGAAAUGGGGAAAUUGGAUUUGGGGCAUCAUAGCUCUGACUACUAUGUCUAUAAGACUGGAUCCUGCUCCUUACUUCCCAUCAUCCCCAGCCCAACAUAUUAAAAAAAUCUGAAGUGUUACUGUGGAAA